AUGGCGGAAAUCAAGACGGGAAUCUUUGCUAAAAACGUGCAGAAAAGGCUGAACCGCGCUCAGGAGAAGGUAUUGCAGAAACUGGGAAAAGCAGAUGAGACCAAAGAUGAGCAGUUCGAACAAGUGGUCGUCAACUUCAGGAGACAGGAGUCUGAAGGCUCGCGGCUGCAGAGAGAGAUGAAGGCCUACAUGUCUGCCAUUAAAGGGAUGCAGCAGGCCUCCAUCAACCUGACACAGUCUCUGCAUGAAGUCUAUGAACCAGACUGGCAUGGAAAAGAUGACGUCAUGGUCAUUGGGAAGGACUGUGAUGCAAUGUGGGAAGACUUUCAUAACAAACUGGUGGACUCGACGUUGCUGAACCUGGACGAGUACCUGCUACAGUUUCCUGACCUCAAAACUCGUGUGGCCAAAAGAAGUCGGAAACUCAUUGACUAUGACAGUGCUCGUCAUCAUGUCGAAACUCUGCAGGUGUCAGGGAUGAAGAACGACCGUAAGAUGAUGAAGGCAGAAGAAGAGUUGAAAAAGGCUCAGAAAGUGUUUGAUGAGUUGAACGUCGAUCUGCAGGAUGAACUACCGACUCUCUGGGACAGCCGGGUUGGCUUCUACAUCAGCACCUAUAAGAGUGUAACAAAUUUGGAGGCCAAAUUCCAUCGCGAGAUCUCUCUGGUAUGUAGGCAGCUGUAUGAGGUGAUGACCCAACUGGCUGAGCAGCACUCUGACAAAAUGUUCACCAUCCAAGGAGCACCGAGUGAUUCAGGACCACUGCGACUAGCCAGAACCCCAUCACCAACAGAAGAUGAGAGUCCACCAGAGAGUCCAGACGCCAGCUCCAAUCACAUGCUCCGCCCUGUCUCACCUGGACCACCACGGCCCAAAUCCCCUACACAGCUUAAAAAGGGGCCACCGGUGCCUCCACCACCAAAAGCCACACCUACCAAGGAGGUGGCCGAGGAGCAGAUCAUCGACUUGUUUGGAGGGGAUUUCUUACCAGCACCUUCACCAUCGCAGCCCAAUGAAAGACCAGGAGAAUCUCUUCUCGACCUGGACUUUGAUGCUUUUCAGCCAGAUGAAAGUGUUUCUCCGAUACCACAGACAGCUGUGCCUUGGGAUAUGUGGUCGGAAAACGCCCAAACAGCUCCACCUCAGGCUGCAGACACCAGCUUCGUCGCAGACUGGUCCGCUGACUUUGGUUCAUUGUCAGCAAAUGAAGAUUCUGCCCCAGGAGUGGAGGCCCCUGCUGUAGGGCCGGACGGGGCACAGGGUGGGGCACAGGGUGGGGCUCAGGACUUGCCCCAGACAGACGGCUGGCAGCCAGGUGCAGACACAGCUACACCUCCUCAGGACAGUGAGGUAGCCUCAGCAGCUGAAGAUGAGGUGACCAAUGCAUUUAAUGGAUUUGCACAGGAUUCCACUUCCCCAUCAUUCUUUGCUGAUUUUGAUAAGAUGAAUGAAGUUACCGCAGACACAACUGAGCUUCCAGAAGCCUCAGUGACAGAAGCUGCUGCCCCGACAGAACAUGCUAUGGAACAAGACAAGCCUUCAUCUCCCCCUGCUGUUGAGGAGCUUCCAACGCCACCUGCUGGAGAGGAACCUCUCGCUCUUCCUGAUGGUGAGGAACCUCCAGCAGGGGGAGCUAGUGGAUUGCUGGAGGAACUUGCAGUUUCCUCUGCUGGUGAGGAAGAAACAGCAGAAAGUUAUUGCAGCCUGAAGGAAGACGUGCCAAAUAUUCCUCCUGCUGACGAAGCUGAAACAUCUCCAGGUGAAGCAGCUCCUUCGGAAAAGAUGCCAAUCCCCUCUGUGGUGAUUGAGCCUGCCUCCAGUAACGAAGGUGAUGACGACCGUGAUGCUGAUAUCAUCUCUCCCACUGCCAUCAGUGACAACGGUGUAACAGCUGAAAACCCUACUGUCAAACACAUGAGUCCCUCUGGUGGAGUGUCAGGACUCCCUGAUGACUUUCUCUACAAGGUGGAGACAAUGCAUGACUUUGAGGCUGCAAAUUCAGAUGAGCUCGAACUGAAGAGAGGUGAUGUGGUGUUGGUGGUUCCCACUGCUUCAGUAGAGGAUCAGGAUGCCGGCUGGCUCACAGGUAUCAAAGAAAGUGAGUGGUUAACUCUUGGCGCUGCUGCUCACAAAGGACUUUUCCCAGAUAACUUUACACAGCGUUUGGAGUAAGAAGUCUCUUCAGCUGGGGGAGACAAAUGAGCAGAAGUUUGAGACAUCUGUGUCCGAGCCGUUCAGUCAGCAUGUAGCCAACCCCUAAAACACCUUCUAACUGCAGCUGCAGCUGUCUGC